AUAUAUAUCCCUCCAAGCAAGCGAAUUUGUUUCCUAUUCAACCAAUUUCACAACUUGCUGGUAGAUAGAGAGAAACGCACUUCUCAAGUUCAAAGAAGGUCUCAAAGAUCCUUCAGGCCGGCUUUCUUCUUGGGUUGGCAAUUAUUGUUGUACAUGAUCAGGUGUUGGCUGCAACAUGCAAACGGGACAUGUCACGAAGCUUGACCUCUGGAUGCCCCCCAUCAAUUUAAAUUUCAACGAUCCAACAGCUUUUGAUUUUGUAUCCUUACAAGGUACGAUUAGUCCUUCAUUGCUUGAUUUGAAAUAUUUGAACUACUUGGAUCUAAGCUGCAGCAAUUUUGAACAAACUCCAAUCCCCAACUUUAUUGGUUCAUUCACCAAGUUAGAAUACCUUAAUCUCUCUUAUGCAUCUUUUAGUGGCUUGGUUCCUCCCCAUCUUGGAAAUUUGUCAAACUUGCGUUACCUUGAUCUGCCCUCACAAAAUUUAGAUCAACAUAUUUUGGUAUCUGAUUUGAAUUCGAUCCUUGGACUCUCUUCGUUGGAACUUCUCAACUUAAGGAUGGUAAGCCUUAGUUUUGCGUUAACUAAUUGGUUGCAAGCUAUAAACACGCUUCUUUCCUUGAUGUUGUUCCGUUUGUCUUAUUGUAGACUCCAUGACAUCCCUACCACUCUUCCAAUUGUGAACUUCAGUUCUAUUCAGGUCAUUGAUCUUUCAUCAAAUGAUUUCAAUUCACCAUUACCUGGUUGGUUGUUCAAUAUCAGUUCCCUUGUUGAGCUUGAGUUGUCUUUUAAUGGCUUUAGUGGACAAAUACCUCCAUAUGGCAUGGAAUUUAAUGUUAAAGGACAAACACUUGAAUUUGUCAAGAUAACUAAUAUUGUGAAUUUGAUAGAUUUAUCUGGUAAUAACCUUGAAGGGGAAAUUCCGAAAGAGAUACUGAAGCUUUCUACCUUGGGUACAUUGAACUUAGCUUGGAAUCAAUUAGUAGGAAACAUCCCUAAGAAGAUUGGAGACUUGCAGCUGUUAGAAACUCUUGACCUCUCAAUCAACUAUCUUUCAGGCCCGAUUCCAGCAAGCAUGCCGUCUAUGACUUUGUUAAGCCAUUUGAAUUUGUCUCAUAAUGAUUUGUCUGGACCAAUCCCAUCAGCAAACCGAUUUCAAAUCUUCAAUGAUCCAUCUAUUUAUGAAGGAAACCCAAAACUUUGUGGAGCUCCAUUGCCGACCAACUGUUCAACACACAAAAAUGAAACGCCGGAAGGAUAUACUGGCAAGGACAGAAAUGAAAGCUGGUCAGAGACGUUGUGAUUCUACAUUGGAACAGAAUAUGGAUUUCUACUAGGAUUCUGGGUUGUUUGUGGAACUUUGGUGAUCAAGAGGUCUUGGAGACAUGCCUACUUCCACUUUGUGGAAGAAAUGAAAGAUAAGAUCCAUGUCUUCGUUGUAGUGAAGUCAGCUCGUUUGCAAAAGAAGCUGAAGGGCAGCGAAAGAAGCUGAGAAAGUGGUGAUAAUAAUGCAGAAAAGAGCUU